UCAUUGCUACAAGGCUUCUCUGAGGCAUGACACUGUGAUAGUCUCAUCAAGCUAGCUGUAUCUCUAAAGCCCACCAGCUUCUAUAUAUGUAGAGGGCUGCCUUCUCUUGGAGGCUCAAACACUUUGCGUUGCACCUUGGAAGAAGCAGGUGGAGGUUGAAGAGAGGAGGGAAGACAUGGGGGAUUCAGGCAAGUCUUCGCUGCAGGUCGAGCCCUCGGACGAGCAGGCGACUCGGUUCAAGAUGCCAGUGGACUCGGAGCAGAAGGCCACCGAGUUCUGGCUCUUCUCCUUCGCGGCGCCUCACAUGCAGGCCUUCCACCUCUCCUGGUUCUCCUUCUUCUGCUGCUUCGUGUCCACCUUCGCGGCCCCGCCCCUUCUGCCGCUGAUCCGCGACAACCUCAACCUCACCACCACUGACGUCGGGAACGCCGGCAUCGCGUCCGUGUCGGGGGCUGUCUUCGCCCGUCUCGCAAUGGGCACCGCCUGUGACCUCGUUGGCCCCCGCCUCGCCUCUGCCUCCCUCAUUCUGCUCACCACCCCCGCCGUCUACUGCACGUCCGUCAUCAACUCCGCCUCCUCGUACCUCCUCGUCCGCUUCUUUACCGGCUUCUCCCUCGCCUCCUUCGUCUCCACCCAGUUCUGGAUGAGCUCCAUGUUCUCCCCUCCCAAGGUGGGCGUCGCCAACGGGAUCGCCGGUGGCUGGGGCAACCUCGGCGGGGGCGCCACCCAGCUCAUCAUGCCCCUCGUCUACGAGCUCAUCCACCACAUUGGCAGCACCAGGUUCACCGCUUGGCGCAUCGCCUUCUUCAUCCCGGGCCUAAUGCAGACGCUCUCGGCGAUCGCCGUCUUGGCCCUGGGCCAGGACCUGCCCAACGGCAACUACCGGAAGCUGGAGAAGGCCGGCGACAAGCACAAGGACAGCUUCGGCAAGGUGUUCUACCACGCCGUCACCAACUACAGGGCGUGGAUCCUGGCGUUGACCUACGGGUACUGCUUCGGGGUGGAGCUGACCAUCGACAACAUCGUCGCCGAGUACUUCUACGACAAGUUCAACGUCAACCUCCGGACCGCUGGGAUGAUCGCCGCCAGCUUCGGGCUGGCCAACAUCGUCUCGCGGCCAGGCGGCGGCUUCCUCUCGGACUGGAUCUCGACGCGAUACGGAAUGCGAGGGAGGCUGUGGAGCCUGUGGGUGGUGCAGAGCAUCGGCGGAGUCCUGUGCAUCGUACUGGGCCUCAUGCACAACCUCAGCGCCGCCAUUGCCGUCAUGCUCCUAUUCUCCUUCUUCGUUCAAGCCGCAUGCGGGUUUACCUUCGGUGUCGUUCCCUUCGUCUCCAGAAGGUCGCUGGGACUGAUAUCAGGGAUGACGGGCGGGGGCGGAAACGUGGGGGCCGUCAUCACGCAGCUAAUCUUCUUCACGGGCAGUCGAUACUCCAAGGAAACAGGGAUCACUCUCAUGGGCGUCAUGAUCCUCUGCUGCACGCUUCCCAUAUCGCUCAUCUACUUCCCGCAGUGGGGCGGGAUGUUCUGCGGCCCGAGAGCAGACGCCACGGCCGAGGACUACUACGCAGCCGAAUGGAGCGACGAAGAGAGGGAGAAAGGGUACCACUCGCCGAGCGUGAAGUUUGCAGAGAACAGCGUCAGGGAAGGAGGCAGAAGACGGCGCCCGUCGCCCACCGUUCCUGUGGAAGCAACCCCUACCGAUGUUUGAGUUAACGUGUGGUGUUAAAGGACUUGUGGUUGAAGAGUUUGUACUCCGUUUGUAUGUGCAUGAAAGCCUGCAGCCACUUCUGUAAUAAGCUUGUAUAUGUUAGGCAUUUAUAAGUGCCCACUUUGUAAUGCAUAUUUAAUGUUUUGGUUUGGUCUAAAUAAUCUAAUCAAUACAAAGUU